AUGCAAGACACGUCAUUCAAAGAUCACUUGGAUGCUGAGAGAGCAAUCGAAAAGUAUGAGUUAAACACAUCGACAUUCGAUGUUGUUCGAGUUGAUGACUUCUACAACCACAACUGCUCCACCAUGUGUUGGUACUUCUACAUGUGGAUCCUCGUGUUUUUAGCCAUCAUCUUGUUGGCUAUCGAUAUUUAUUCAUGUCUAAACAUUCUUGUGUUUCAUAAAUGGGCUACUGAUGAUUACCGACCAUAUGCUUACUCCAUAGCCAAGUGGAUUUUCACCGGUUGUAUCAUAUUUCAAUUUGUCUUGUUGAUUUAUUGUUGGAUUUGGGCCAUACACAUUUAUCGUACUAAAAACAUUGCCAUGGUGUAUUUGAACUCCAUUUGUAAAAAAAUAUACUCCAUCAAGUCCUACUCGUGCUUUUGUUUAAUGAAUAGUAUUGAUGAAGGAAAAUUUUUUGAUCAAUGUUGUUUCAACACCUAUUAUGAGAUACAAAAUGCUCCCCAGAUUCUUAUUGCUGAUACUCCAAGACAAGUUAUCAAUAUUCUUACUUUGAGAUACUAUGCUACUGGUGGUGAACUAAACAAUGAUAUAUUAAGCAACAUCAGAACCAUUGCCAAGACAAAUUUACGACUUUCGAUCAUCUUGAGCUUUAUGUGUUUAUCAGUCUUCAUUUAUGCCAUCUUCUUUUUCAAAUUCUUGUUUGGCAUGCUACUGUAUAUUCCAUUGAAAACUUCACUUAGAAAAGAAGGUUACAAGGGUUUCAAGAGUUAUUGCAGUUAUUUGGUGAACAAGUCGGUAGCUGAUGCUGUAAACAAGCAUCAUAGACCAAAGAAGGAAUUGCGAGAUGAAGGAUUGCUUUCUGAAGCUGCCAUUUCACAACUCCCCCAAAUUGAUGAGUAUCCAUCUGAUUACAAAGGUUACACUAGAGUAUACUAUGGAAGAUCAGAUUCAGAAGAAAGCAUUGCCAUGAGAGAUUGGAAUUAUAAAGGAAAACCAAACCCAUACGGAGAACUGCAACUUGAUCUUCUUCAUCAGCAACCAUCUUUGGACCAAUUGCAACAGUCAGAACAAGUAUUCUCCACCUUGGGUGGUGGUGUUGGUGGUAAUGGUGGUAACAACAUACCAUUCAGUAAGAGACUCAGCACUCUUCGUGAGAAGAAUAGAAAUAAACUUUUUGAAAAUCCCAAAGUCAGUAACAACAGCACCAGUAGCUUAACAAACAUACAACCACAUGCUGCUGCUACGCGAUAUCAAAGUCUCAAACAAAGUGACACCCAAACAAGUUUUGGCAAUGACAAUGAUCUUCACUACCACAAACAACGACUGAGGCCACAUAAUAAGCUUUUGCAGGAUGGUGAUUUACUUGAGGAUUCACAAACAACAAGAAUGCCUAGCUACCCCACAAGAUCAUACACUGCGGGUAGCUCCUACGACCUCAGCAAUCCAAACCUUAUGGAUUCACAAACCAAUUUGCUUUCAGAGUCCAACAACCACGUUGAUCAUACAAUGACAGAGCCCCAAUCCUUACAUGUUGCCCCCUAUAUUGAUCCUCAACAAACGGUCUCUAAACGGAAACCGAUCCAACGGUCAUUUACAGAAGAGUCGCACAAUCUAUCUUCAUUGCAAGAUCCAUUUACCGAUGUUGAUGAUGAUCAGGGCCAAUUGGUCUAUAACCAACCGCCCAUUGUUCUGCGAGUCCAUGUUGGUGAACACAAUUCACCAAAAUCACAAAACUCAAGCGGCGAAGUAAACGAUAUAUUGGAUGCAUAUGACACCACCAAUGAAUCAGCUCCGUACCCCGUCAGAGGCGUAUCUAAAUAUUUUGAAUAG